UCUCUCUCCCAAACAUCUUGUGACUCUAAGCAUAAUCUCCUAAUAUCCUGGAGCUGCUCUCUCCCCAUGGAUUGCUUGGUCUUGCCGGUCUCGAUGCUGAGGAGGCGGUCCGCGGGUUCGAGGUUGGGCUACCGACCGCUCUCGGAGGAGGCGCUCGGCGACGGCGAGCCGGCGGAGCGGCCGGCAGCGGUGACGGUGGUGGUGGGGAAGGAGAGGAGGGAGUUCUUGGUGGACCCUUUCGUGCUGGAAGAGAACCCUUUUCAGGUCUUGAUCAAUUCGGCGAGGAAGAGGGGGACGAGGAAGGAGAAGAGGGUGGUUCUGGUGGAUGUGGACUCCAUCUUGUUCGAGCACAUGUUGUGGUUGAUGCACAAUGAUUCCACUUGUUUGUUCCAGCUGAAUCUCAAGGACAUCCUUGACUUCUAUGCUCAAGAUUUUUAGAGAGACACAUCCAUAAAAAAAAAUUAAAAAAGAAGAAGAAGAAGAAGAGGGGAGAAAUAUACAUAUAGGUUUGAAGGUUGUAGAUUUUCUUUUGAUAAAUGCGUUCUGCGCGCUCCAUACCUAAACAUCGAAUACAAUAGCAUCGUGUUCUUUGGGAGCUACAGGAUUUCUGGUCUCCUUUCUCUUUUAACUGUUUAUGCUUGAAUUUUACUUCAUGUUCUUCCAUCCA